UCUUUAAACAUUUUUUAUGGGGGAUUUGCAGCUAUCCAAACCAGGCCUAAGUGGCACAAAGUUCCAUCCUCAGCUGUAUUAGAUAUUAUAUCUGUGAGGUGGUAUCAAAUGAAGGUCUCUGUUGUUUGUAUUCCGAAAGACUUCAGAAACGGUUUAUAUAUGUUCAACUUUGUAAACGAUAUUCCUCCGUCUGUGAUGCAUAACUAAAUUUAGAAUGCCGUGAAAGGUUACCCCAUACAAGCGGAUGGUUCGAGCUUACUCUGCAGCAAAGUGUCCAACUCGUGUCAGUGACAUCGUUUCAAAGAUCAUCUUUAUCAUCCUCCACAGCAACACAGAGAAACUUGGUCAGAUCUCCACUUCCAUAUCUGGAAUCAAUGUGUUGAGGAGUUUCUCAGCAUGAUUUUUAGGACCCAACUCGUGUUACAACAUGAAGCUGUGCCAAGCCAUCUCUGUUCAACUAUCUAUACUACUAUUGAUGGUUCAAUGGACCAUAACCGUUCAACAAUCUAUAGCUACCAUUGAUGGUUCUUAUGCUCUCGACAAACACCUAAAUUUGGUACACAUCACAUGUUUUUAAAAAAAAAAAAAAACAAAGAUCCUUUUUAUGGAUGUAAAACACUUUUUAUCUCCCAAUGUAAAUGUACGACUGAAAAAAAGAAAAGAAAAUACAUAAAACAUGUAUAAAUAAAAAUUUAUGUUUUGAUGUUGUCGUAAGCUGUGUCUAGGUACCAGCCCAUGAGCAGCAGAAAAUACAACCAAAAAAGAAACAAAACACGAGUAUCCGAUCCGAUUGAAAGUUGAAACUAGGUGCAGGGGCAGCAGACGGCAACGCAACCGCACGGCAUCGGCAGCAGAGGAAAGAAUGGAGAAGAAGCACGAGAGGAAGCGCGCAAGCCGAAAAAGGAAAAGCAAACCCCAAACUUUCUCUUACCACGACCGUAGCCUUCACCUUCACCCUCAACUUCGACAUGUUGAUGCCGACACCAUUUUCGCUCUGUUACUCGCAGGGAUCUCCAACUCUCACAGACCCGACUCUCUUUCCUUGAUCGAGAAAUGUCUAAUCAAGCUCCCUCACUCUCUUCUCUCCACCAAACCCAACCACAUCCUGUCUUUGCUUCCCUUCCUUCUCUGUUCCAAAAGGGCCUCCAUAACGUCUCGCGGUGCGGAGAUUGUGGGCAUGGCGUCGCUGUUUUCACUCGAAAUGAAUGAACGGAUUGCUUUCGAUGCUGAUAUUGUGAAAGGUUUGGUUUCGGCUUUGGCAAGUUCCAAGAGGAGUGUGUUGAUGGCUGCGUGCAAUGCUGUUCUGGAUAUGUCGACAACCUCGGUUGCUCGAGAACGCCUGCUGGCAUCCUCCGCUUUGGAGAGUCUAAUGUUUGGAUUCCUUCAGGUUCCUAAAUCUCCAGUGAUGCAAGUCUCUCUAUGCACCGUGGAUGAUGGAAAUGCUACCUGUCUCAAGAUCGGGUUUGAGGAAGACGAACUCCCAAUAUUACUUCUUACUGCAUCUGUAAUUCUCAUUAACUCCUGCAGUAUGGAACAGUUGGAAAAGAUCCCAACAAAUCUAUCUGAAACUUUCUUGGUCCUUUUGAAAAAGCUGUGGGCUAAAGUGCAUAAUCAAAUGUUGCUUGCCAACACCAUGAGAUCCAUCCAAGAGGCACACAUUUAUAUAAGCAACAUUAGAACUGAUAAUAUCGCUGAAAGCAUCUUUAGGCUUUCCAUUAAUAGUAGUCAAGUUACAGCAGCUUUACCUUUUGAAGUGGUCAAAAGAAGUAUCUUUGGUUUGGAUAGUUCUAGUUUUGAAGAUUUCAUGUUAAAUCAUUGGGAGGUAUCACCCUUUAGAAUUUCAAGGGCUUUGGAUGUAAGAGAUGAUGUUUUCAGUUCAUUUAUACGGUCUCUACACUCAGCCGAAACAGUUCCCUCCUUUCUUUCUUUAAUCCUUCAAAACUCUGUGUCUUGUUUUCCUAUUUCUUCAGAUGAACUAGGCAUCCUUAGUUUUUUGGAGGAGGUGAGGAAUAAAUUGGGUUGCCCUAUAAUCUAUCAGCAAGACAUUCGGGUGUUAAGAACAGAAAGCCAAUUGAAAAGAGAGGUGCAUUUCUUUAAGGAGAGUCUCAACUCUUGCUACAAAAAUGGUUCCCACUUUUUUAACAUUGACGAUGUUUUGAAAUGUGAAGAAGCAUAUCAAGAGGGUUACACAGUAGCACUUCGUGGCAUGGAAUUUCGCUUUGAGAGCAUCGCCGCUAUUGCAAAUGGAGUAGCAUCUAUCUUUGGCCAACCAUCUGUGGGUGUCAAUAUGUACUUGACGCCGCCUAAUUCUCAGGGUUUGGCUCGUCACUUUGACGACCACUGUGUGUUUGUUUGCCAACUUUUUGGAACUAAGAAGUGGACUGUUUUUUCUCAGCCAAAUGCCCUGUUACCUCGCUUAUAUGAUCCUCUUGAUAGCCUACCUGGUGCAGAGGCUGAGGUUUCAGUGGCUGAAUGCAGAGAGAUUUUGCUAAAAGAAGGUGAUAUCUUGUACAUUCCCAGAGGUUUUCCUCAUGAGGCAUGCACGGAUAGUGGCUGUUCCAAUGGCUCUGCUGGAUUUUCCUUACAUCUUACACUUGGUAUUGAGGUCGAACCGCCUUUUGAGUGGGAGGGAUUUGCUCAUGUUGCACUUUGUUGCUGGAGCCAGACCCAGAAGCAACCUCAGUUCUCUCUUCUCGAGUCUGCAGUACUUCUUGAUGUUAUUUCUGUGAAUGUCUUGCAUGUUGCAAUUGGGCUAGUAGGUGAUUCUGAUCCUACCUUCCGGAAGGCUUGCUUGGUUGCUGCAAUUUCUUUGUCAUCAGACACUGGUUGCUGGCUUGAUCUGCAUCAGAGAACCAUUUUCAGCCAUUUGAUUGACAAAGUCAACACAGAGUCAAGGUUCUUGGAAGCGCUUAGGAGCAUAGAAGUUGCAAUUCAGAAAACUGAAGACCCCUUUCAUCAGAUAAGAUGGCUCCGGCUACUCAAUAUGGAGGGAGAAAGCAUUGAAGGAAAUGAUUGGAAUGUGCCUUUUGUGGAGAUGGCCAAGGUAUUCCCUUUAUGUGUAAUGAACAAAGAUCAGGUAGAAGCAGCAUUCAUGCGUGUCAAGUCUAGGUUCUGUCAUGAGGUGUUAUUUGGCGAUGUGGUAGAUAGCUAUAAAAUGCUGCUCGACAAGUAUAGGAUGGCCAGAAAGCAGUAUUUGAACGGAAUGGUUUCACUGCACUGUACAUCGUGAUUCCAUACAUAUAUGUAUCAACUGAUUCUUCUUUAAUGGUUUGUUGUUCCUGUU